AGCAGCAGCAGCAGCAAGCGGCCGCCCAGAGCCUUUCGCAAGCCUCUGGUUACGUUUCCCAGCGCCAGGCAGCCUGUUUCUCCUCUGAAGUUGGCUCCCGCCUUAGCAGCCGCAUUGGAUCCCACAGCCUACUGCGAGACUCCGGUCUACAAUCCGGAUCUCUGCCCCAACAUGAUCGCGGCCCAGGCGAAGCUGGUGUACCAUCUGAACAAGUACUACAACGAGAAGUGCCAAGCCAGGAAAGCGGCCAUCGCGAAAACUAUCCGCGAAGUCUGCAAAGUGGUCUCGGACGUGCUGAAGGAAGUGGAAGUGCAGGAGCCGCGCUUCAUCAGCUCGCUGAACGAGAUGGACAACCGCUACGAAGGCCUGGAGGUCAUCUCGCCGACCGAGUUCGAGGUGGUCCUUUAUCUGAACCAGAUGGGCGUCUUCAACUUCGUCGACGAUGGCUCUCUGCCGGGCUGCGCCGUGCUGAAGCUGAGCGACGGGCGCAAGCGGAGCAUGUCCCUCUGGGUGGAGUUCAUCACGGCCUCGGGCUAUCUGUCGGCCCGCAAGAUCCGCUCGCGCUUCCAGACGCUGGUGGCCCAAGCCGUGGACAAAUGCAGCUACAGAGACGUGGUGAAAAUGGUGGCGGACACCAGCGAGGUGAAGCUGCGCAUCCGGGAUAGAUACGUGGUGCAGAUCACGCCGGCCUUCAAAUGCACCGGGAUCUGGCCCCGAAGCGCUGCCCACUGGCCCCUGCCCCACAUCCCCUGGCCGGGUCCCAACCGCGUGGCCGAGGUCAAAGCCGAGGGCUUCAAUCUCCUGUCCAAGGAGUGCCACUCGCUGGCCGGCAAGCAGAGCUCGGCCGAGAGCGACGCCUGGGUCUUGCAGUUCGCCGAAGCCGAAAACAGACUGCAGAUGGGCGGCUGCCGGAAGAAAUGCCUCUCGAUCCUCAAAACGUUGCGGGAUCGCCACCUGGAGCUGCCCGGACAACCCCUCAACAAUUACCACAUGAAGACUCUGGUUUCCUACGAGUGCGAGAAACAUCCCCGGGAAUCGGACUGGGACGAGUCUUGCCUGGGCGACCGCCUGAACGGGAUUUUACUGCAGCUCAUCUCCUGCCUCCAGUGCAGGCGAUGCCCGCAUUACUUCUUGCCCAAUUUAGACCUCUUCCAGGGGAAACCUCACUCCGCCCUAGAAAACGCAGCCAAACAGACGUGGCGGCUGGCUAGGGAAAUACUCACCAACCCAAAAAGUUUGGAGAAACUCUAGAGGGCAAUGAACUGGCGGCCUUAAACUAUUUAAAAUCGCCUUUUGUGUGCGCGCGCGCGUGUGCCUGUUUUGGAGGAUUCUGUUAAAGAGCGAUAGGGAGAGAGCAAAGGGUCUCCAUUCGAGAGUACAAACAUCGCGCUACCUUAGAAGAAGAGGCCGUCCACACUCACACACACACGCAAAGCCAACAGCAAGUAUUAUGAUCCUUGUUUGCAUCACAAAUUUUAAAAAAAAAACAUUUGAAAAAGUGUAUGAUUAUUACCUGGGAAAAUGCAAUAUCGGCUGUAAUUAAGCCUGAU